CUCACUUCCAAUCAUCCUGCAUAUUUAUCUUCUGUUAGGCUUUUGGCCACCCCGCACGUGUGCACGCCGUUCACGAGGCAGGCGGGUUGAUCUUCCUUUUAUGGUCUCCGUUUCCUUCCUGGAAGCUUCAGUUGGAUGAGGAGAGGAGAGGAGAGCGCAGCGCACCACCGCACUCCGUUCAUCCUCCGGCAGAGCUGCUGCGCUCCACGCUCAGCCUGCAUCCUUCUGGAACCUUCAGCUUCUAUUAUCAACAGAUCACUAUGAUCAGCAUGAAAUAGCCGCCAGUCGUUGGAGAGCCCACGGAUGGUUCUUAAUUCCACGCGCGGUGUUUUUCUCCCCUGUUCGUCUCCCUCGCCGAUCAGUCUGUGGAAUGGUCCGCGUUUUCUCUCCUGGGUCGUUUCCACUUCAGCAUGGGAAGUGCCGUGUCCAAAAGGAAGAAUCUGAGGAGUGAUGCAAUAUCUUCCGUUGCCGCAAAAGUUCGAGCAGCCAGAGCUUUCGGAGAAUACCUGUCCAAUACUAAUCCAGAGAACCACAACGGAGCAGAUCAUUUAUUGUCUGACACCUUCCCUGGCCAGGACUGCGACUCUCCAGACAUUAGCCGCUUGCAUAACAACAAUCUGCCAACACAGAGCCGCUGUUUGCUCAUAGCUAAAUCCAACAAGUCCAGCCAAUCCAAUCCCAGUGCUCAUCCACAGUGUCAGCCUCAAGUCAACACCCUCCAGGCUCAAGCACCGUCGGGCCCCUCCAAACGUCGUCUCUCUGUUGAGUGCAGCCUUUCUACAGAGGACCCACCAGGUGCCAAAGGCCCAGAGGGGAGCGUGGUGGUGGUGAAGCCAGCCAGGGUGUACACAAUCACUAGGGAAGGAGGGAUGACCCUAGGGGGCCGUGGGAGCGAGGAGAGCCUGGAGCUGGAGGUCCUGAAGGGCUCCAGGGAGCAGCCCCUGUCCCAGGCCCCUACCUCUGCAAACCACAACACAUCCUGCACCAGCCAGCCGUCUGCCACGGCUGCCCCUGGAAGCCAUCACCGUAGUAGCCAUCACCGCAGCAACCAUGCCCACCAGCAUCACAGUGGCACACCGUCAUCAUCACAGCCGAUGCAGACCUCUGGCAGUGCCAACAACAUCCGGGACUUGGGGAUAAGGAGAGGGGGGUCGCGGGAAGACACCCCAGACUGUGUGGCCUGUAUUCGGGCCCCGUGUCAAAGCCAGCGCUCCCUCGACCUGGACACCUCGCCUAGGGAGGAAGGGAAGCACCACAAGAAACUGGAGAGGAUGUACAGUGAGGACAGAGCGUCAACUGAUGACAGGGGGGACAAUCCUAAUAGCUGGUUCCCCAAAGAGAAUAUGUUCAGCUUUCAGACAGCCACCACCACCAUGCAGGCAAUAUCGGCUUUCCGAGGCAUUGCUGAGAGAAAGAGGCGGAAAAGAGAGCAGGAGGCAGCCACCAUGAUGGAGAGAAAUUUUCGCAAACACCUUAGGAUGGUGGGCAGCCGCAAGAUGAAGGUCCAGACCUUUGCCGACCGCCGAGCCAAGAGUUUCAGCCGCUCGUGGAGUGACCCCACCCCUGUCAAGCCCGACUCGCUGCAUGACUCCAGAGACAGUGGCGAAUUUCAGAGCUCCUCAGGGACACUAGAUGAAGGACUGGAUGAGGAUGCCGACUGGGAGGAGGAGAGGGAGAUGGAGAGAGCGGCGUGUGAAGGAGAGGACUUCAGCCCACCCAAAAUCAUGCUGAUAUCCUCCAAGGUCCCAAAGGCAGAAUAUGUUCCCAACAUCAUUCGUAGGGAUGACCCUUCCAUCAUCCCCAUUCUUUAUGACCAUGAACAUGCCACGUUUGAUGACAUCCUUGACGAGAUAGAGAAGAAGCUGACCGCGUACAGGAAAGGCUGUAAAAUCUGGAACAUGCUCAUUUUCUGCCAGGGAGGUCCGGGACACCUGUACCUGCUGAAGAAUAAAGUCGCCACCUUUGCAAAAGUGGAGAAGGAGGAAGACAUGAUCCAGUUCUGGCGGCGGCUCAGCAGGCUGAUGAGUAAGCUGAACCCAGAGCCCAACCUCAUCCACAUCAUGGGAUGCUAUGUGCUGGGGAGCGCUAAUGGAGAAAAGCUGAUUCAGACUCUGAAGAGGCUGAUGAGACCCUCCUCAGUCGAGUUCAAGUCCCCACUAGAGCUGUCUGCACAGGGAAAAGAGAUGAUCGAGAUGUACUUUGACUUCCGUCUUUUUCGCCUGUGGAAAAGCCGCCAGCACUCGAAGCUGCUGGACUAUGACGACCUCUUGUGACUUCGCACACCUUUUGUUGGCUUGUUGGCUAGUUAUCUCACGUCAAAGUCCGCUGUACGGUGACAGGGCGUUUGGAUUGCAGGGCCUCCGAAAUGCUUCCUGAAUGGCUCUGUGGCAGAUCUGGAGCAGCAGCGCAGUUGGGUCUUUUUGUUCCCUUCUCAAGAGGCAGGGUGGCCCUGUAGAUUCCGCCAGCGAUGUACUUUUUCUCUCCCUUAUCCAUUUUCACUUCCCACCCCGUCUCUGAAAGAAGAGAAAGAGAGGAGCAAGAAAAAGGAGGAGAAGUGAGGGACUCAUCAUCCUAGCCUAAAUGUGUCAGAAGAUGCUAACUAGAGUUAGAUUCUUGAGUUCAGAGAGAACUGUUAGACAAGAAUGACAGCAGAGAACAGAACUCUUCAUUUCUAGCAUUUAGAGGGAGACAGAUUUUAUUUUCCUUUAGCCAAUCUAUCUGCUCUUUUAAAGAUGGAGGCUUGUAUGGAUGGAAGUAUUUUCUUUGUCAGCUGUGGAAGUUAUUCACAAGGGGAUGAGAGCUUACAUGUAAAUAAACAAGUGCUUAUGGAGCAUUAGAGAAUAGAUUUACAGCACCUCUCUCCUUGCUAUCAUGUAAAACUCUAGGCAUUUAAGUAGUCUAUAGGUAUAUGUGUUUAUUUAACACAGGUUUUUUUAAAACUUAAAAUAAAUGUGUAAGUAUUUUGUACAGACUGAUGUAUUAACUCAGGUUAAAUCCCUUGUUUGGUACUAAGAAUUAUACUCACUUUUGGCAACAUACUGUAGAUCAGAAUCCAAGGCCUUCAUACUCCACACAGUCACCUUUAGUGGAAUGUUCUGACCAUCAGGUAUAUGUGUGAAGGGCAGAGGUUUUCUACAUUUUCAGUCUUUCAAGUCAACUGUAGCCAAACAGACAGAUGUAUCCAUGCAUGUUUCAUAACAUUACAGCACUAGCUAUUCUUUCUUGAGAUGUUAGUUCGCAGGUGCUGAUUUUGUGUUUGCAUUGCAUGUGUAUGUCCAUAGCUUACUUGCAUUUUGUCUCUCUGUAAAGAGGUUGACAAGCAGACAAAAAUGCGUACUGAUAACAUACAUAUUGUGUAUUUAAUAACACUUAAUUUACUCACAUGUUUUGGAGUGAAUUUGAAUUUGACUUAACUUGAAUAACUCAAAAGUAGCAGUAGUGGUGGAGGUGAUACUUUCCUUUGACUUACUUUUGAUUCUACUCACCAUCAAAUUGUUGUCCCUUUGUUAAUACACCCUUAAAACCGGUACUCUUGAAGCCAGUGCUCUAGUCAAAUAAUUUCAGUUAAUAUCACAUUAUGAAGGUUUGUGUCUUAAAGCACAGUCCUUGUCAUACCCAUUUGUUUCAUUAAUAUCUAUUUAGUAGCUAUCAGGACAUUUUCACUAGAGUUGAAAUGGCAUAUAUGUUUUGUGCUGACUUUAAAGUGCACUCCAGUGAUUUAGUAUUUUACUUUCAUUACGCUGGGGGACUAUUAGAAAAAUAAUAAUCAAAAUCUCAAGAUGUCCUGACUUUAUUCCCUACUAUGGUUCAAAACUCCAACAACACUGGAUCCUACAUUUCCCAUACUGCACUGGAUAGCAUCUUUUUAUUACCAAAUUCCAAAAGCCCAACCUUUUGAGACACAGGCUUCUUGUUAAAGUUGAUGUCUGAGCCCAAGCUGAGAAACCCUGAUGACUUCACCAGACACUAUGACAUCAUCUGGGGUAUUUUCUCCAACUUUAAAGUGACAGAUUUUUAUGUGGACUAGACCGAAAAUGGUAGAUUGCCCCUUUUAAACCUUUCAAAAGUUUUACAUACUGUCCAUUAUAUCACACUAGUAUAACCCAUUAUACAACAAAGGCCAGUAUUAGCCAGAUGCUGCAUUAUUCACCUAACCUGCAGGAAGUCAUUCUAUUUUGUAAAGCAAGGGCUUACCCCAUUACACUGUAUAGUUAAAAACGUAAACGUUUUGGGGGAAAGUGCUGUUUUAAAACUUCAAUUCAGUUUUAUUUGUAUAGCGCCAAUUCAUAACAGAAGUUAUCUCAGGACACUUUUCAAAUAGAGCAGGUCUAGACCGAACUCUUUAUAACAUUAUUUACAGAGACCCAACAGUACCACCAUGAGCAAGCACUUGGCGACAAGGGCAAGGAAAAACUGCAGAAACCUAGGACAGAUCCUUCGGCUCUAGGUGGGUGGUCGUCUGUCUCGAGAGAGAUGCACAGGUGUCAGAUAGGAUGAGUGACAUUUACAUUUCUCCAUCUGAAGCUUGUGCUGAGGUGGCCAUGUCCUCCCCCCUGCAAAUAUGCAGCUUCAUCAUUAAACUCAUUGUCUAUAUGCAUUCCUGAUAUUUUUGCAGACCAAAUGUCCUCACAAAGGUAGGAAAGAAUGAGGAGAAUCCAACAAAAGUAAAGUCUUUUUGCCCCUCAUUUUUUCAAUAAUUUGGUUUCAGGAUCAAGAGUUUGAUUUAGAUUGAAGUUAAAGCUGCAGUAAGUCAUUUUUAUAAUAAAAAAAAAAAAAUUGUCGUUUGCUGAGACUUUCACUAUUUCAGUUUAUCCUGACAGUUGUACAUGAGACAGAUAAUCUGUGAACAAAUCUGUGAAAAAUUCUGAUCACCUGGGCACCCUGGUGGUCAUAAUGAUAUGCAGCCCCAUAAGCAACAAACUGUGAUGCACUGUGUGUUCUGACCCCUUUCUGUCAGAACCAGCAUUAACUGUUGCAGCAGUUUGAGCUACAGUAGCUCGUCUGUUGGAUCGGACCACACGGGUCAGCCUUCACUCCCCACGUACAUCAAUGAGCCUUGGCCCCCCCAUUCCUGUCUCUGGUUCAGCGCUUUUUCUUCCUUGGACCAUUUUUGAUAGGUACUGACCACGGCAGACUGGGAACAUCCCACAAGAGCUGAAGGUUUGGAGAUGCUCUGACCCAGUCAUCUCGCCAUCACAAUUUGGCCCUUGUCAAAGUUGCUCAAAUCCUCACGCUGCCCAUUUUUCCUGCUUCUAACACAUCAACUCUGAGGACAAAAUGUUCACUUACUGCCUGAUAUAUCCCACCCACUGACAGGAGCCAUGAUUACCAGAUAAUCAGUGUUAUUCACUUCCCCUGUCAGUGCUCAUAAUGUUAUGGCUGUUCGGUGUAUUUUUCUCAGCUGAUUGGUUGUUUAACAAAAGGUUAUUUGUCAUUAUUAGUGAAGCUAUACCUACUGCAGCUUUAAGGAAUGUGUCAGGGGAUGAAUUACAAUUGUAAAACAAUAUGUCAUUCAUCCACAUAUGCUUCCUUACUUUUUAAGAAUUUAAAUGUGUGUGUCUUGACCAUGGCUGACUGAGCCCUUUAACUACUGAUGUGUACAUUUGUGUCUUGAUUUUGCUUCCUGAUCCUUGCAAGUCAGCCGAGCUGGAAGAAGUGUUCAUAGCAUUAAAGUGUUUGAAUAGUUCUUAGCUUACAGGAUCAGAAUGGAGGAUUCAGAUGCCAACAUCUUAGUGCAUUCUAUAAAGAGAACUUUGGUCCAAAUUUGGACAUUUAGGCAUUUGAAAUAUCUCCUUAUUGCCAGUGAGGAUGUAAAACAGGUUAUUAAAUAUUAGUAAAGUUAAUAACUGUCUCAAGAGAACUGUUUUAUAUUGUAACUGAUUUUUAAAGGGGGCAAUAAUCACUGCUUUGGAAGAGUGUGAAAUGAGAGGUUAAACUCUUUUAAAAUGGCUGAGUAGGUUUUUGGACUGGAGCCCUUUCAGUGGAUUAUUCCUCAGCAACACUGAUACCAUCCUUUUGCAGUGCAUCUGUAGCUGAAUGGUUUAAUCAUGAGUUACUGUAAAUUCUUUAAAUUUAUAUCUGUGUUAGUGUUAAAAAUGCUUCAUACUGUUGUCAACUUAUGCCACAAAGUAGCAUGUAUCACCACCUCACUGUCAAAUUAAUUGUGAUAAUUUAGUAUAAGACCAUAGUGGUGUACAAUGGUCAGACGAGACAAAUUUGUGUUGAUGCCAUGGGCUCCAAACAGACCCCAAUAGCAGCACUGGUUUGUGCAAUAACUGCUGCCAUGCCUGAAAUGGGCCAGAACCAUACCGUUUUGAUACUACUGAUUUUGGUCCACAUGAGUACCCUUACUUCUUAUUGGGUGCCAUCACCUCUGGUGAGCAUGGCCAUACCCACCACUGAGGUCACCAAGGUAUAAACCUCAGUAUUUUUCCAAGGGGUAGAUAAUAAAAGCCUAAAAAUUACUGCUUUGAGUUUCUGGACUUAGCAUUAAGAUAGCUGUGUGUUUACACAGAGAUGCAAAGAAAUAAGCACUGAAAAUGUCCUUGCUAAAACAUAUAAAAAAAUGGCAAAAGAGUUAGGGUUAGGGUUAUGGUUGUGCUUAAUAAGGGUACUGGCACCUUUUUUGGUCCAAUUCAGGAACUGAAUUGCUCAGAGAACCAGGCCUUUAUUUCAAUUUCUUUUCACAUUUAGUAUAUAAUAAGUAUAUAAUAGUAUAUAAUAUAUAAUAUUAAUGUUAUUUGAACUUCCACCUCUUCCACAGUCACCUGUUGUCUUGAUAAAUUCAGGAUAUUUCCACUGCAAUCUGCUGCUUUCCUCUCAUUAACAGAAAUGUUCAUUUUUUAUUUCCAGUGGCUUCCACUUUGCCGUUUUUUGGUCACGGUUAACCUCCUGUCAGUGAAAUGUAUGUUUUACUGAAUAUAUCAUAUGAGCUAUUACAGGUUAUUCCAUAUUUCUUUAAUUUAAAAACAACCUUUAUUUGUUUGGUCAUAGGCUUUUGUUUGAAAAUGUACACCAUUUUAUUUGAAAUUCAUACAAUUUCGUAUGGCCAGGAGGUACUGCCACUUAUGUUGCUAGUGUUGCCAUUAAUGUUAAAAUCACAGAACACUAAAUGGUUCCUUCUAUUUGCUCGUGCAUUGUAGCACAGAGGCUUACAUUCUCAAACAUGGCUGUUUUGGAUUUUUUAUGCUGUGAAAUGGAUGAACCUCAUAGCCUCAUGUGUGCUCAAUUAUCUCUUUGCUUAGAGGUAGUAUCUGGUAAUUGUGAGUAUUUGUUUAAAUAUUACCCACUCCCUAAAUAUUUCUUCUGUAGCAAUAUACUGUUUAUGAAUAUUUCUGUAUGGUUCUUUAUAUUUGUGUAACUCUAACUCCAAGAUAGGGAACAUUGUUCAAGGUAUUGUGUUAGUCUGUAAUAUCUUCGGAAUUUAAUGACUAUUGAUUUACAGUACUGUGGAUGAUGGACAGAAACAAUGUAUGUUGAAGACUGACCAUCUCUUCUUUGCUUGGCUCCUUUAUAUUCUACUAAAGUGCAGUCUAGCACUAAUCCUGCUCAUAGAGGACUCCUCUGCUUUCUCCUUUGCUGUGAUUUUAAGUAAAGGCUAAACCCCAGAGCCUAAUUAGGGUUAGGGUUAGGGUUACAUUCUCAAUGGUUGUCCAUCUUUUAUACAGUUGUGUUAAAACAUGAUUUAGGUGCAUUUACAUUUGACACUACUGUAUAUAUACAGUAUUGAUAUUGGAUUUCAUGCUGUAUCUAAAUGCAUUCGUACUUCAUAUAACCUACUGUACAUUUAAAUUCUUCCCCCUCUUUUGUGCUGGAUAUGGUAGUACACUGGCUGAGAUUGUUGGGAUAUAUAACAUUUACAUUACUUUUAUUGAGAUUAUUGAAGUUCUGACUGACUCCAGCAGUGGUUUAGUUGAUGUUUCUCCUUUAUCACAUCCAAUCUGAUGAACCAGGCUGCAAGCAAACUCCACUGGAUGGUCUAAGAUUAUCUGCAUUGAUAAACAAUGGAAUUAGGUCACCAAAAAAAUAGUUUUUUCACUUAAGGCUCAAAUUUCACAUACUAUCGCCAUUUGGUAUUGGGCAGGUAGCAUACAAUGGGUCAAUUUUCAAACUGCUGAUUAGAGUGAAAUUUACCAACUGAAAAACCAAAACAGUGAGCUAAAAGAGCUGAGAGGAGAGAAUUGUUUGUGGGUUCAUGACUACAAGAGAUCUCCGUCACAAUAAACAAAAAAAUAUUUUUGCAGCUUUAAACUCAGAACUGAGCGCUACUGUACAUACAAAAUGACCACUGGAGAAAGCAGAGGACAUCUCCUAACCUUAAUAUUAAAAAGGAGUUGAACAGGGAUAAUCUCAGAGAGUCAAGGACCGUCACAGCAAUCUUUUUUAGGUGUGGGCGACUUUGAAAUAGCGGCAUUGAGGACUUGUAUUCAUAUAGCACUGGAGUUGCACACAGUCUGACUGGUGCUGGCUCACUGAAGCUGCCAUUUCCAUUUCCUGAGAUCAUAAUUACACAAAUCAAGAGACUGAUAUUUGAAUGCCUUUCUUCUCCUGUUAUUUUCCAAAUGAAACUACGUGUCACCAUUGAGAAGAGGAGACAUUUCCCCCCUGUUCGAAUUAUUAAUAAGCAUUGUUGUGCCUUCCUUGGCACUCAUGCUGGUUUCCAUGAAGAUUGCCAGGGCUCAGUCGGGAGCAUGAUUGAGUUUGAUGAGGAUGAUGGAUUGAUGCUGCUUUGAUUGCCCUGACACCUCCAGUUGGGCUAUGAUUAUAUUUCGGGACGAGUGGAAAAAUAAUGUGUUUAUGUAACGUCUGUUUUACUUUGCAUCAAUUUGUAUGUCAUCUAACUGAGCAUUACAUUUUGGAAUAGCUUUCUUAGACUAAUAUGCAGUAGAUACUGUAGGAGUGGUAGAUGUUACAAAUAAUGGUCAAAAACAGGUUUAUAAUACAUAUGUCUUGAUAAAGAAAAUAAUCUUGUUAUUAUGAAAGGUAUUUUACCAAUUAACAUGACGGUAUCUGGUGAUUUUGAUACAAAGUUAAAAUAUGUCUGGGUAGCUUUCCUGAGCUUUUGGGUUCUUCCUUAUAGAAUAGACACUAUCAGUGGAACUUUAAUCCAAUGUGAAACUUAUUCUAAAUGAACUACUAGCAAAGAAAUGUUGCAUUGCACAAUGUUGGUAAUAACCUGUGAUAAAAAUAUUGUUUUUAAAGCAUCUUUUCCAGUAAACAUUAGUUCUACACA